AUAAUUACGCCGCAAUCACGGUAGGUUGAGGCACGUGAGGUCCAUACUCCAUAGAAAUUUUGACAGCUUUACAGUCAAAAAACAACCACUCGAAGACUAAUCAUUCCGGCAGCAUGAGCAAAAAGAAAAAGGACUGGAAGACCGAAAAAGAGAGACUUCUCCAAAUGGAACGUGAAGAGAGGCGCAAGGAGGGCUAUCGUCGUCAAGAUUAUAUAAGUCUGGACAAGAUUCCAACUUGGAGAGAAGAUAAUUAUGCUGAUAGCAAAGAAGAAGGGGGACUUUUGACCGGCGUAGGAGGACUGAAUGAUAAAGUAUCUCUCUACAAAGGAGACAUUACUGUCCUGGAGUUGGAUGCCAUUGUCAAUGCUGCAAAUUCCAGUCUUCUGGGAGGAGGUGGUGUCGACGGUUGCAUACACAAAGCGGCAGGUCCCUGUCUCUAUGAUGAGUGUCAAACACUAAAUGGCUGCGAUACCGGCAAAGCCAAGAUCACCUGCGGCUAUGAUCUUCCUGCAAGAUUUGUGAUCCACACUGUGGGUCCGGUGGCCAGAGGUCAUGUGGGCCCCACCGAGACCAACGACCUUACAUCUUGUUACCAGAACUCCCUCAGGCUGGUGAAGGAGUAUGGCUUGAGCACUGUGGCCUUCCCAUGUAUAUCCACAGGAAUCUACGGCUUUCCCAAUGAUCCUGCAGCUGACAUCGCCCUGAACACAGUAAAACGAUGGAUUGAAGAGAAUCCUAAUGCGAUCACACGAGUCAUUUUCUGUGUCUUCCUUGAAACUGACUUUACCAUCUACAAGAAGAAGAUGUCGUUUGUUUUUCAAGACAAUGACAUGGAGGUUGCAGAGGAGCAGCUGAAGGGAGAUAACACACCACCAUCAUCUAAAUCAACAACCAAGGAUGACAUCGACAGCAACAAAGGAAAAGAGGAAGCAGGUGAUGAAGACGAAGAUGACAAUGAUGCAGAAGGAACUGAAGACGUGGUGAUGGAGAGUCAGAACCCAGAUGAAGAUUUGGGCCAUGAGGAGAUGAGUCAAGACAGAGUUGAAGAUCAAAAUAAGAACCAAGACACUGACGUCGAUAAAAAUGAAGAUGAAGACACAACUCUUGACAGUAAGGAUAAAGAUGAAGCUGAAGAAGAGCAAACUGCUCCAAAGACAGAUGGUGAAGACACGGGAAAGGCCACUGUAGAGAUGGAAGAUGUCUCUGAGACGGCUGAGACUGGCACCAGCAAUGGAGAGGACGAAAACGAUCCAGUUGAGAGCUCAGAGGAACCGACAUCCACUCAGACUGACAGCAUCAAGUCCAAAGACGCUGCUGAGAAGAAAGAAUGACCGCCCGAGGGAAGGACAAUCAACUUCAUCUGACAGCCAGCAAGCUGAGCGAAGGCCAUUCACAACUGUGUCAGACAAAGCCAAUGGCGGUCCGAGCGCUGUCACAGUUCCAGGACAUAUUCAGUCAACAUUCACAUUUCCAAUUUCAUUUAGUUCUUUUUAGUCAAUACGCCCCCGAGCUCUGACGUCAUGGCGUUUUUGGAAACCUUCCGGGAGGACUUAAAAACAUAUCAACCAGAAAGGAUGAGCCAUACCUCACUGUGUCAUCACGUUGUUAUUGUGCCAGUCGAAUGUGAUCGAGUUUCUUAGUCCGAGCCACGCCCACUAGGGGAGCAUGCUGGCACUCCAGGCUGAGUGAUGCUUCACACUCGUCGAAGUCUCCAAAUCUCCAUCUAUAUAUGCCAUAAACGAGCUCCCUUGCUGAGCCACACCAGCCGGUACCGUGAUGAUAACACCAAGGUCUCCCUUAGACCACUUCUGAACUUCUCUAAUCACCGCUCAACUUUUUUUUUUAAUUCAUCUACAUCCACGCACGCUAAAAAAGGAUGUGAUUGUCUUCUAACAAAUGGACCAGCCCACUUCCUUUCCCACCUACUUGGUCUUUUCUUCACCAUUCUCAAUGCAUGCCAGCAUUUUGCUUUGAACAAAAGUCACAAUCAUUUUGCUUGUCUCCUUAUCAGAUUGUCUAAUUAUACUGAAGAAUCUGCCUUAUUUCACAUCAAAUGGUUUGAAUAUGAAUCAUAGGUUGAUUUUUUAUUAGAUUACAUUGUUUAGUACGUGUAAUCCUCGUCAUUUGUCGAUUUUAGUUAGUUUAAUGAUCUGUAUGAUUUACGACACACCAAAUGGGUUACGGUCUAAGAAAUGAUGCCUUCAUACUUUGAUGUUUGCUUUGCUAAAUAUAACUGUAAGAACUAAUAAAGAUUCAAGUGAGA